GCCACUGCGCAACGAUGGAGCUAUCACAACGAUGGAGAUGACGCAAACAGACUCAGCUCUCCGAAAAAGUGUUUCAAGACGAACAUGGCGGCAACUUAACCGAGGUCCAAGAUGACAGUGGCCACCGGGAGAACCGAUUCGAGGCUUUCCGAGAAACCCAUCUACCUGUGUCGAGGGGGCUGCUGGCUCUUCUUUAAGUGAAUCUGCGGAUCGAGCGGUGGCAGACGCGCAGCAUCAGCACCAGAGAGGCUCGCAACAGCUGGUCUCCCUUGCGCGCCCCGCUGAUAAGCGAACAAGCCCGGAGAGGGGACGUCAGGGAAGAGGUGGGGGUAUGCGGUCAAAAAGGACGCCGUUCCCCCCCGGAGAGCCAUGGAGAACCGGGAUGCGGCAGCGCGAAGCUUAAUCUGAGCGGGCACGGUAAUUGGUUCGGAAUAGCACCGACUUGCUGCGGGGCGCGAUAGCAGGAGCGCCCUGGACCGGCGGAGGCUCGGAACCCCCCUCCUACCGCUGCAGAGGAGAACCAACCGGAGCCCGUCGCCCGACAAGUCAAUGAGUAUUGUGGCAGAGGAGCCCCCGCGGUGGAGUCGGCCCAGGGCAGCACUCUCCUAAAAUAUGACCAGGGGUGUUUGGAUGCGUCGGCAGCAUAACGAAUGCUUAAAAUACUGGUCUGCACCCCGAGAGAACGAGAAGCCAUUCACGGAGCCGGAGCGGGCCCAGAGAUGGCGACAGUCGCUGGCCUCUCUGCUCUUCAUCACCGUCCUGCUUUCUGAUCACCUGUGGUUCUGCGCCGAGGCCAAGCUGACGCGGACUCGCGACAAGCGGUCGGACGAGGGGCACGCUAUCUCGGACGCGGGCGAGAAGAAGCCAAACUCCCCCCAACCACAACACGUCCCAAAAUCACCCGACCCCCGCCGCCUCGCCAGAGAGCAAGAUGUUAUUUUUAUAGGGAAUUCUACCAAACCUCUGUGGCGGAUGGACACCUGUCACCCGGACAGCGUGUCCAGAGACUGCUUCACUUUCACGGACGCUCUGACAGUGUGCCUGGGCCUCUCCAGCGAAGACGAAGAGGGGACACAGUCGGCGUACGUGAAUCUGAGCGAUUUGUACCUUUCUUUUUGUAAUUCCUACUCACUUUUGGAUUUGUUUUACGGGUUUACGAGUCCGGACGUUUUGAAUUGCUCCCUGGAUACGGCCAUGGGAGUGGAUCUGCUGGGGUGCGCGGAGUGUGUCCGGGCUUAUCAGCGUCUGGAUCGGCAGGCGGAGGAGAACUACAGGGAGUUUGAGCUGCUGGUUCAGAAGUACGAGACGGACGCGUACUCAGUCAGGACGUGCAUGGAUGAGUGCAAGAUGGUUUAUAAGCCCUGGCUGUGUUCUCAGUACUUCCAGACCACCCAGAUACACUGCAGCAAUCGAAUCCCCUGUGGCCAGUACUGCCUGGAGGUUCAACAGCGCUGCCCCUUUGUCCUCCCUGACAAUGAUGAUCUCAUUCAUGGAGGCAGCCCAAGUUUUGUAUGCACAGGGUUGCUGGAAGCAUACCCAUCAGGUGUUGACCCAAAUGCAGAGUGCUGUGAUGUGCGGUGGGAUUCAAAAGUGGACAACCGUUCCAGAGGGACCCUAAAAAGAACUCACCCGCCAUGCCAGCAUCGUACCUCCCUCAGCUCCUCGGCAGCCUGCAGACUGUGUAACAGCCGGCUCAAACUCUGCCUGCUGGUCCUGGUCCUCCUACACACUGUUGCCAGCCUCACUGCAUCCCACAAUGCAACAGGACUGGGCCUCCCCACCUUCACGCCUCUGGAGGAGAGCCCCGCCAACGAGGAGUGAUGGAGCAGCUGAGCGGAUAUGAGGUCGCAGACGGUGGGGGUGGGGGAUUCCCUCACCAUGGCAACCAGCUUGGAAAGAUACGAUGACGGUUGAUGCGAACGGCUGGAGCUGUGUGCCUGUAGACAUACUGCAACACUUUAUGACAAACAAAAACACACGGGAUGCUUUGAGAUGAGAGACGCUUAAAUCAAUCAACACAGAAGUGACUGAAGAAACAAUCUCCCACAAACUACGGGACUCAAGCUGUCCCUUUGGUAGAAAAAAGGGGCAAUGCCACAACCUUUGUUGAGAGGGAAGGUCAGCUUCGUCGUGGCUGAGUUUCUCUACGCUUUUUUACACUGUGUUCCAAUUAUUGGUUUCUGUUGCACUGGCUGACUAUGGAAUAACAUGAUCAUAUUCUUUCUCUAAUGUUCAUUAUCCGUCUCUUUCGUGGUUCCCUCAUUCAGGAACAAAAUGAUUCCUCUAAGUAAGACAGAAAAUGUGAAAAAAAAUAAAUAAAAAAUUAGCAGCAAGUAUGUGUGUGUGAGAGAGGAAGAGAGUGAGAGAGAGAGAAUGAGUGGAUGUUGCUAUGCCAAAAAGUCUAUUUAAAAGGCUAAUGAUUUUUCAUGGAGAGCCCCUCUGAUUUUCUCUGCUCCUCCAUGGGGGUUUGGUCAUAUUCCUGUUAGGAUUUCCUUGGGUUUUAAUGUGGUUCUGACUUCCAUCAAAAUGUAUUUGUUUAACAAAAGCUUACAGGCCUUCUUCUAACUUAGUUUUGCAAUACAUUAUUCACCAAAUAACACAAGUAUCAAAAUAUUGUUUUGUGUUUCAUUAAAACCAAACACUGGGCUCAGGAAAGUUUUCUAAUACUAUUUAAAAUGUUUCCUCAACUAAUCAUUAAUUUUCUUAUGCUGACUUUAAAGACACUUAAUUUUCUCUAAACCUAAAUGAGGUUUAGAGAAGAGUUUAAUUGAGGGAAUGUCAAAGUGAAAUUUGGCAUUCCCUUAUGGUGAAAUCUCAAAUGUCACUUUGCAAUGAUGAUCAGUUAAGUUUUUUUAAUUAAUCUUUUUUAUUUUUUAAAAUUCAGACACCUUCAUUUUUCUGUAUCUAUUAUCUAUUUUAUUUUUCAAAUGUUGAACAAAAUAGUUUUAUUUUGGUACACUGUAUUUAAUCCUGGCACGAUCCAAUUUAGACCCCACAAGUUUUUUACAAGUUUUACUCGUGAAAAACGUGUGAAGACUACAUUUGCAGUGCUCCUCCUGAGCAUUGCACUAACACCUAAUAGAGUUAAAUUAUGAAUACACACAGUGAUCCCUGACCCUCCUCCUGACUUAAAAUUUUUUUUAAGUCAAGUGUAGUUACCCCAUUUAAUCAUCCCUAAAACUUAGCACUAUUGAUGAUUUUUUAUAUUGGCCAUUGUCCAGGGUGGUAGAUCUAUAUAAUAAAAUACAAAAAUAUAGAUUUUUUUGUUUCCUAUUGAUUUGUGCACGUGUGGUCAAGGGGGAGUUGGUACCACUAUUGAAAAGUCACCUCCUGCUCGAUGCACUGCAUUUUAUCCCACCUCAAGAACACAAAAAGAAGAGUUCCUCCAUUUUAUAUGUUGAGGGGGGCGGUGACCUGGGCAUAAAUUGCCCAGGGUUUUAUUUAUGCUUGAUUGGUCUCUGCCAUAAACACAAAGUACUCAACUUGAACAUCUUAGAGAUUUUAAUCCCAAACCCUAUUUCAUUCAAGGACAACAAGAUGACUGGAUGUUAUAUUAAUCGCUUUGCAAAACUAGCAAACAACGACUCUCAAUUAUAAAUUACAACUUGGCUAUCUGCCAGGAUGUGUAGACUUUGCUCAUCUCUAAACACAAAGGAAGUUUCAAUCAGUUUACCUCAGUUAAGUUGGAGUAUGGUCGCUCUGCAAGAAGAGGCCACUUGUAAUGUCAGAACCACAUUUAAUCCCAAAUCACAUCUAGUAGCAUGCCCACUGUUUGCAUUUCUUUACUUUAAGCAUCACAGAUUCCAUUAUGUAAAAGGGCUUAUUAUGAAAUACAGAACAAACAUUGUUAUUCAUACAUUCAGACACAUUUAAGAGUCACUUGUUUUACUGUUUGCUUGCCGAAAGAGAGGAUGACAAUGCCUCGUUCUCAUUUUCACGGAAAUCCAUUCAACUUUAGUGCAAAAGGCCUUUUUUUUUACUGCAAUUGGGAAUCAGGAGCAGAGAACACAUGCAGAGAAAGGAGCAUGUCACUGUUAAUGAACGCUCAAAGUCAGUUCAGUUUACUUAUUUAUUAAGCCUGGGAUGUGUGAGCUUAGAAAGAAAUGGUGUGACCUUAAGGGCUGACCUUUUUCCUUAGUUCUGUUUCUAUUUUGUCUCUUUGAUUAACGUGGCUGGAAGAUCAGGUUUCUGCUAAUAGCAAGGAGAUGUUGCUGGAUACAUUUAUUUUUGCAUUCCAGUUUGUUUAUGAUAUAAAAUGUUCCAUCCAGAAUCUGAUUUCAUCAAGUUAUAACAUUACAUGGUGAAUUUACUUCCAUCUUUAUUCCAUCUAUGUCAAUAUAUAUUUAUAUACUGGCUUAUCUUUACAUUUGCUGCUCAGACCUUGCACCAUAGUACUCUUCACUGUUCCUGUUUGCAUGAAAAGCUCCCCAUCCACCCAUCCUGGUUUAAGUUGUCUACAUUCAGUGACAAAAUGCUGCUAUGCCAGGGGCCACAACUAGAUGAGAGAUAUAUUUAUUCUUUUAUAUUAUCGCUGCUGCUGGAGGCCUACAGUACAAGAACUGUUAGAUAUACAGGAAUCAAAGAUGGUUAAGCUCUGGGAGAUUUUUACCCCUUAAUUUGAGGGUAGAAGGGUGCUGCUGCUGCUAUGUCUGUACCUCUGUAUAUAUUUUAUUUAUUUACUUUUCAGUUUAGGUCUGUUAGUCAUUCUUUUUCUCUGAGCUAAUUGCAAACAUCUUCACAUUGGGGUUGUAGAUGGCUACUACUAAAAAAAGGUUGUCUUGAGACUGCAGGGAUCUACAAUACUGUUAGAUUUUGCACUGCAGCCCUGCACUCACAUAAAAUAUACAUUUCAAACAUUGGUUUUUACAGUAGUGCCAUACUCAAAUUUCUCUUUUUUCUUUGCUCUCCCCAGUCUGAAAAAAAUCUAAAAUCUUACAAAAUUAAGUAAAUAUGACCGGAGGCUUGGGUGAAAGGAAAAUGAGCUUCAUCUAAUACCAAGGUUAACGCUGUUUUUAGUGACAUGCUGCAUACUAAUUCUCACAUCCAAAGAAAAGACUGUCACUUUUGUUUGUAGAAUCACUCAGUUAGGAAUGAAUAUGAUACAUCACACAGACUUUACAUUGCCAAUGUUAAAAGUACAAGUAGGAGAUCCAAUUUAAGUGACUUGCAAGAAUUGGAGCUUUUUGAUAUGGACUAUAUGACUUACCACACAGACUGUCAUUUUGAAACACAAAAAGUUGUACAUGCAGCUCUGGAAAAAAAUCAUCAGUCUCUCUGAUUUUACUUUUUAGAACAAUAUGUCUGAGUAAAAUAGACCUUGUUCUUUUAUUCUAUGAACUAUUGACAACAUGUCUGAAAUUCUAAGCAAAAAUGAAGUAUUUAUUUGCAGAAAAUGAGAAAUGGUCCAAAUAAUGAAAACCAUGCAGUGGUUUCAGACCUCAAUUAAUGCAAAGAAAACAAGUUCAUAUUCAUUUAGAGAUAACAAUACUAAUAUUGUAACUUAAGCAGAGUUUAUAAAUCGAUAUUUGGAGGAAAAACAUGAUAUUUUCAAUGACGUUCAGUGCAGUUGACUCUUAAUUUUUUCCAGAACUGUAUAUACAAAAUUUCUAAAACUUUUAUAAGUGGUGUUUGUACAUAAAAUAAAAGUGGAAAGGUAAUUUUUCUAGAAUGACUCCUCCAUUGAUCAUUUGCGCAUCCUGACAAUGAGGAAUGGGUCCAUCUGUGUUUUGCACUGUGUAAACACUAACUGAAAAUGGCUGGACAAUCACUGAUCACAUAAAAUGCUCGACAUGUUCGACAGGAGCAAAGGAACAGACUCUGCACCUCUCUUGACAGCUAUAAUAUAUAAAUAAAUAAUAAGCAAAGCUUCAGUACGAACAUACAAAUACGAUGGGACUAAAAAUAAUUGGAAAACAGCUGCCUGGUUUAAUCUGUCUCGGUUUUAGAUGUGACAUUCGAAUGUUCGAUUCAGAAAUGCAUGAAAACAAUAAGAAAGGAUGGAUCUGCCUGGUACAGAUACUGUAGUGGGAGGAGGAAAGUGAUCAGACACAGAGAGGAUGACAAUGCCUCACUUGCAUUCUUGCAAAUGAUUUCACUUUAUCAGUUAUAUUAAGAGGCAUGCUUGAGAUGCAUCAUAGUUCUAAACAUAGACAUGGAAAGCAUGUUUGUAUUACGCAUCUUCAUCGUUGUUGCAUGGAUACGAGUACCGUCUAUAGGUUGUCCCUUCAACCCAAUCCUUUCAUGCAUAAAUAUCAACUGUUUUCAUUUUUACAUGCAAGAGUUCUUCAAACAAUAAAAUUAUUUGAGUCAUUCUUUGUUGGUCAUGGAGGAAUGCAUGCAACAAAUACUUCUUACUUUCAAUGUAUGUUUAAUUCUGUCAAAAUUAUAUGGCUUUACACUUAAAGAAAACAGUGUAAGCUCAUUUAAAUCCAGUCUUCAUCCAUGGAAAUGGUCUGUAGCAGCUGUAGGCGAUGCUCUGUCAUCUUCCAUCACAUAUAAUCUAAAUUUCUGUGGUUUGUUCCUACAUAUUUAAACUAUUAUUGGCCGUUGCCCUCACCUCAAGUGAACCUGUUCAAAUGAACACAAAUGUUUCACUUUCUCUGUCUUUACAGCGGUUCCUUUCUCUCUCCCGUGGAUCUAUGCAGAAGCUCAUUUCCUUUUGUGGUUGUAAUGGUGUUCCUUAGUAUGCUGAACAAUGUAUGUCUCUCCAUGUCUUCUUUAAGUUACUACCUUGUUAUUUUCUUCUGUUAUUUCUUUGAUUUGAUUUGAGCGUCUUAAAUCACUGAUGUUUGAAGACAGUGUGGCACAGUUAGACCAACAGAUUUCACCCUCAGCACCACAGUCUUUUUGUGAAAGACUGUGGUUCUCUGUGUGUGUGAAGGUAAAAGUUUAUUAUUCUAGAGAUGAAAAAGGCUCAAAUGCAUAUAGAACUACCAUUGCAAUUAUGAUUAUUAUUACUAUUAUACUACCAGUAUAUUGUAAUAUUAUAGAUGCUUUAGUUCAAGUAACUUCUUUGAUUUUUUUACAAACAACUUUGAGAUGAAUGAUUUAUAAGAGUCUCACAGGUCAUGAUCUUUUUGAAAAGUAAGAA